UUCAUUCGGCAUCUGAAUUGGGUUUAUUACACAUUGAACCGAGUCUUAAACCUCCACCCCACGACAAAAACCAGCCCUUCCACAAUCCGAUCCAUAGAAAAAGGUCUGCAAUUCGUCAAUUCAAUCGGAAAAUCAGAUACCCAGUUGCAUUAGAUGGCGGAAGACGAUUUAUCGGGGUCAGAGAGCCACGAAAGUGACUCGGAUUGGAGUUCAGAAAAGCUUGAAACAGCAGGAAAGGGAGGAAGACAAGGCAUGUCAGAGUACGAGAAACAGAGGAUGAAGAGAAUUGAAGAGGAUAGAGCGAGAAUGGAGGCCAUGGGUUUGCCUAAAAUAGCUUCUUCGUUGAUAGGUUCGGUUCAGAAUAAGAAGAAGAAGAAGAGCGACCGAAAGGGUAAAAGGAAAAUGGUUGAGGAGGACGAUGAAGAGUAUAAGCCGCCCGAGGAAGAACGGGGACAUAGUUCCUCUAGUGAUGAUGAUGAUAAUGAGAAACUUGUGGGUUCUGGGUCUCCAAUUGGAAAGGUAAAGAAAAAGACAUCAAAUCCUAAGCAGAAGGUUUCCAUUCAAAAGCUCUCAAGCAAUCCUGAUUUUAUUGAUGACAAUGAUGAUGACUUGAUGAAGGCAAUUGCUCUUUCGCUAAACGAUUGCACAGGAUUUUUAUAUGUGGGACAUAGUGGGCCUUCUAAAAGCUCUGAGGCACAUGUAAUAGAUGGUAUGCAUAGUGAAACAAAGGGAAAUGCCAACAUUCAGGAAGAUACAGGAAAGAGGAAGAGGAAAAAAUCGAUAGCCAGUCGGGUGCAAAUGACUGAGGAUGAACUGGUUGUACACUUCUUUCAGUUUGAUGAAGCAGGGAAAGGAAGCAUAACAAUGAGAGAUUUACGGCGAGUAGCAGCUGCUCAUGAUUUUACAUGGACGGACAAGGAGAUGGCUGAUAUGAUCUAUUGCUUUGACAAUGAUGGAGAUGGGAAGCUAAGCCUUGAUGAUUUUCGGAAGAUUGUUGGUCGAUGCAACAUGAUCCAGGCUUCUGACAAUGCAGCUGUGGGUUCAAAAUCAUGAGGGAUCAAUCAGGUGCUAUGUUUCCAGCCUUCCAGGUAUUGUGGAAGAUGAGGAUCUUGGGCAUUUGAAGAACUUCCUUUGCCUUCAUUUUUGAAUUGUGGUUUGACUAUUGUUGGUCAUUGUGCAUUGGAAAUUAUCAGGAAACAGUUGGCAUCAGGACUGGGUGGGGCGCUGGUUUGUUCUCUCUGCUGAACUCCUGUACGAAAUUAACAAGCUUUCAGGGAUGAUGCUUUCCAGAAGCGAGAAGGCACUGAGUCGAACAUUGCAACUCAGUGUAAUAGGCUUGUGUCUGUUGGAAAUUUUGUCACUUCUUUUGUGCGAUACCUUUAAGUUAUGGUUGUUUGGUGUAUUAUUAUUAGAUAAUGGAUAUGAACUACAGUAUGUUUUUUGAAAAUAUAAUUUAUUAACCUUAGCUUGUAGCACUUGCUUGAUGGCUUUGUUUUUGUCUAUUUUGUUACCAAGGAAUGUAAAUAUAUGUAAGAGUCAAUUGGGGAGAGGAUUCUUCCAUUUUUCGGA